AUGUGCCUGCUACCCCGCCUUACAAAGUUAUUAUUCAUAAACGAGUCGGUUAUUCCCGAAACCUCUUGUAUCAGGCCUGCUAGAUAUUGUCUAGAAGGUCGCAGUAACAUGGACUACUCCUGUUACAACCAACCUAGUAUAUAUAAAACUGGAGAUGUUUCAGAACUAACAUCU